AGCCCAAUGAACAAUCCAGUCUGUCUUUUCCCAAAAAUAAGCCAGUGGGAGAGGGAUCGGCGAGUAAGCCAGGGAGAUUGGAGCAGCAAGGUGCACAGCCCCUGGUUAUAAGUCCUGGGAGUGGGAGUGCAGCCUGCUUGGACUCACAUAUAUGCUGCCUUGCUGCCUGCCUGACUGCCUGACUGACUUGACUGACUGACUCACUCCACUGUUACUCACUCGCUCUCUCUCCCUCUCUGUCCUGCUCCCUCGCUCCUUCCCUCCUACUUUCCACCCUGGAGAGCGAGAGUGCACGGAUUGGGAAGGUGCUCCUCAGACCUGCGUCUGGACAGCUUGAAGACAGCACAGAGAGGAUUUUCCCCCUCUUCUCUCAUCUCCUCCCUCACUUCGACCACCGCUGCCACAGAGCACAUGGAUGAACUUUUUCGCUUUUUGCUGGGGACAGAAAAAUAAAGAAAAAAGUUGAACAGACAAUUUGCUCCACUCGCAGUUGAAAAUAUCCAAUUUUUUAACUUUUUUGUUUUUGGUUGUCUUUUUUUCCUUCCCCUGCACUUGCGAGCAGCACUGGACCGAUUCAGGGUGCCGGCUCUUUGCCUAGGAGGACAGCACUACUCUUCUCUUGCUGCAUGUUCCUUGAUUAUCUGAUGCCAUCGCAUCCCAUGGGAGACAUGCGUGGCUGAAGCAAGGAGGGAGGUAGAAGAGAGACCCACCUGAAGCUUGCACCUACAGCUUCCCUGACCCAGUGCAUCCCUCUGUACCGUUACACGCUCUGAGGAGACAAAGUUCUUUGUGUUUGACGCCUGAAGCCUGGGAUGCUGGUGACCAUGCUGUUGGCUCCUGUAUGUGUGCUACUGAUGCUGGGGGGGCGUGCUCUUGCUGGAGGCUAUCCCCCCAUACCCCACAUGAAGUACAUGCAGCCCAUGAUGAAAGGGCCCAUUGGACCCCCGUUUCGAGAGGGCAAGGGGCAUUAUGUUGAUAUGCCACCCAUGAUGGAAGUGAAGGGGGAACCAGGCCCUCAAGGAAAACCUGGACCAAGAGGCCCACCUGGGCCAGCAGGACUUCCAGGAAAACCCGGACUGGGGAAGCCAGGCCUCAAUGGCCAACCCGGCCCUCAGGGGCCUCCUGGCUUUCCAGGAAUUGGUAAGCCUGGACUUCCAGGUCUUCCAGGAAAGAUUGGGCCAAUUGGAAUGGCAGGCCUGACUGGUGAGGUUGGCCCUCGUGGCGAACCAGGUGCUAGAGGUCUUCCAGGGCAGCCUGGCCUUCCUGGCCCAGCUGGUCUCUCUCUGAAUGGGAAACCUGGGCUUCCAGGCAUCAGAGGCCCCUAUGGGGCACGGGGAGAACCAGGACUCAAGGGUAUUUCUGGCCAACCCGGAGAGCGUGGGCUUAAGGGCGAGAAUGGAAAUGGUAAGACAGGGGUUCCAGGUAUAAGGGGUCCUCCCGGUCUAAAGGGCAGUACAGGAUCACCUGGUCUUCCAGGUAUAGGCAAACCAGGACUAAAAGGUUUGCCUGGACUGCCUGGUCUUAAAGGUGACCAUGGACUCCAUGGGGAUCGUGGGGAACCAGGAGAGGUUGGCACUCCAGGUUCACAAGGUCUUCCAGGGCCAGUCGGGGUUGGGAAGCCUGGGUCAGAUGGACUACCAGGAGCACCAGGUCCACUAGGGCCAAAAGGAGAGUCAGGAACCAGGGGUCCUCCUGGAUUUCCUGGGACUCCUGGCUAUGGAAAACCUGGUCUGAGUGGGAUAAAAGGAGAAAAAGGCCAUGGUGGCCUGCCUGGUUUCCCGGGAGACAAAGGACUGCAAGGAAUGGUGGGCCAAGUUGGGGAGCCAGGUCUUGAUGGACAACCAGGGCCAGCAGGACUUCAAGGCCCAAUGGGACUUCCAGGAAAACAUGGAAUGCCAGGACAGAAGGGAGAGCUGGGACCCCAAGGCCCUCCUGGACUGCCUGGCCUCAGAGGUGACCAAGGCUCCAGUGGACCCCAUGGGAAACCUGGCAUGUCUGGGGAAAAAGGCAUCCCUGGGCUUAAUGGUCCAAUUGGAAAACCUGGACCCAAGGGUGAAGCAGGGCAUAUUGGCCUACCUGGGAAUCCAGGGUUUAUGGGUGGUCCAGGAUCUAAAGGGGAGAAUGGGUUUAUUGGGACUCCAGGCCCCAGGGGCCAGUCAGGCAUUCCUGGUCUUCAGGGGCCCAUGGGUCCCAUGGGGCCACAGGGUGGUCCUGGCACAAGAGGUGAACCUGGACUUCCAGGGCCUCAAGGACUGGGUAAGGUGGGAGAGAAGGGAACUAUGGGUCCACAAGGUCCUCCAGGGAAACCAGGCCCUUCUGGGCUCAAUGGUAACCUUGGCCCUCCUGGGCCUCCAGGGCCCCCUGGUCCUUCAGGAAAUGGCCAAACAGUUGUUGCAGGGCCAACAGAUUCACAGUUGGAAGGGGAUGAAGUACCAGGGGACAGGAAGGGGUCAGUGUACAGUCAAGUUCCACUUUCUGCCACUGUAGCACCAGCGUUCACAGCCAUUCUCAGCACACCUUUUCCUCCCUCUGGCAUGCCAAUCAAAUUUGACAGGACCCUUUACAAUGGGCAAAAUGCCUACAGCCCUGCAACUGGCAUGUUCACUGCUCCUUUAUCUGGCGUCUACUACUUUGCAUACCAUAUGCAUGUAAAGGGAACUAGCCUGUGGGUGGCACUGUACAAGAACAAUGUACCAGCCACUUACACAUAUGAUGAAUACAAGAAAGGCUACAUGGACCAGGCGUCUGGUAGUGCUGUCCUCGAGCUGAAGGAGGGUGACCAGGUAUGGAUCCAGAUGCCCUCGGAUCAGGCAAAUGGCCUCUAUUCUACCGAGUACAUCCACUCCUCCUUUUCAGGAUUCCUGCUCUGUCCCACAUAACCUUGUCCUCUCCUUCAAAUAUGUUCCUGUAUUGGCACCUCAGAGCAGCCCUAAACCUAAAUUACCUGCAGCCAUAAUAGAAACACAAAACCCAUACGAUUCUCAAACUAAUUGCCUUCAUCUUUAAAUAUCUCACCCUCAACAAUAUGAGCGAAAGAGAAAACAAACUUUGUGAAAGAAAUGGAAAGUAAAAAAAAAAGCAGGGGAUGGAAUUUCAUACUGUGUUUCCUUGUUUCAGUGUCCUUCAAAUGUGUGUUUUGGGUUGUAUUUUAUGUUGGUGUUUUUUAGCUUAUAUUAUUUUAAUUAUUAUAUUGUCAUAAUUUUAUUGUUAUUAUUUGGUCCUCGUCAUCAUCGUUGUUGUUGUUGUUUAUUGAAUUCAGACUAUUAAGUGCCUUACUUUGUAAUGUGCUAGUAACAGACCUUCCCGUGUGACUGCACAUCCUGCCCAAAGCUCUGACAUCAUAAGGACGACAUCACCAGACCCUGGUGGGGGUGGGUGGGGGGGUGAUUGGUUCCUCUGGCUGCAGUUACUUUCCCCAUGUCCUCUUAUUUAAACCGAGAAUACUGACUUAAAGAGCAACAGUACAACAUAGGAAGUAUAGACAAACAAUAGCAAAAGAAUGCAUUUAGUACAUUUUUCUUUUAUUUGACCUAUUUGGUAAAAAAAAAUAUUAAUGGGAUUGAAUCUUUGUUUUAGCGUGAGAUAUAUAUAGUUUGACAUUUAGUUGGUAUAGGCAUCUGUUUGGUGCUGAUUUCUUUGCAUCUUUCUGAUUUUAGUUGGUGACCAUUUUAAACGAUGGGUCUUUGUCUUUUUUCACAAUUUACUAAUCUGUCCAGAAAUACAAUCCAGGAAAAAAUGGCCUUACAAUAUUGGAAUUAUUUUAUAUAAAUCACCCGUGUUAAAAGGAUCAACACCAUCAUGCAAGGAUUACAUGUAUGUAUACAGUCAGUGUUUACAUGCCAUAAAAUAAAUACUGAGAGCAAAUGAAAAUGGAUUUUAAGGACUCAACUACAGAUUGAUCGAAGGCCCUGCUUCCUUGUAUGGAUCUGAUUUCCCCAUCACCAUGUGGCAGGCAUCAUCUUCACGUGCUCUAACCACGACAUCCCCACUUUUCUAUUGGUAUACUACCUACUAAUAAAUCAGUGUAACAUUAACAUUCCAAGUCAGUAAUCUGCACUGCCAUACUAUGAAAAUCCCAUUCUGACCAUGUAUUACAUAACAUGUGAAGAUGCUGUCAACUUAUGCUCAUAAAUAAGAAAGGAGGCAAAAGCAUAAUAAAUCAAAUAGAUCCACUUCUUCCCUGGAUGCGAGUGGUCCGUGUGACUUGUUCCCGUGCAAAUGAGAGCAAUUCUGAAUCAUUUGUAGUUCUGGUUGAAAAAGCUUUCUAUUAAUUCCCAAACCAUUGUGUCGGAAAUGGCCGGAUUAUUAUUUAGCUUAAUGGAACAUCCGUGAGUAUGAGGACAGGAUGUGACAGAACUGACUAAUGUCAAAGCGUACAGCUGGAAAUGAGAUUGGAUAUGCAUUUACUGGAUGAAUAAGUAAAGGGACUUGACUGAGGCCCACAGGUUGUGAAACGCAGGUUGUGUAACAUUUAACAAAUCCCUGCCAGAUUUCUGGGAGAGGUAGUAGGCCAGAGGUGAGAGCUAUGUAUUCACUCAUUUCUGUUGAAUAAGUCGUUAAAGAUACACGCUGAAUGUGUGUGUGUGUGUGUGUGUGUGUGUGUGUGUGUGUUAGAUGUACCUUUCUGUCACCCUGUCAAUGUGUGUUUGUGUGUGUUUGUGUGUGUGUGUCGUUGUGUCACGUUGGGCCCCUGGCAUUCAGGUCUUGAACACUUCCGCAAAGGUAAUAAUAAACUUGAACAAAGUGACAAAAUGUUAGGAAGACCUCACAGUCCUGUUAAUGUUCCACAAGAAAUCUGACUUUUAAAUGGUGCUGCAUCCUUUUGGAGGAGGGGCGGGGGGGUUAAGGAAAUUCCAUGCUUUCUAAUAGUGCCUUUGCAAAGUAAGGGAACAGGUGAUGAAUGUAAUGGAUCGAUGAUGGGAGACAGACAAAUCCUGGAAUUUAAUUUACACAAUGAGAUAAGAAGAUAACAUUCCUGGUGAACACUGAAUGGGCUAUUUUGCUCCAAUGGUGUGCAAUAAUUCUAUGUUUUACCAAGUCAUGAGCAAAAAAAAAAAAAAGACAGUUGGGGAAGUGUUGCGAGUUCUUUAUUCAAUAUUGCCGUUAAAGAAGAGAUCUGGGCAACAUUGCUGUGAUUAAACGAUGAAAACGCCGGUGCUUAUAUUACCAUAUCUGUGCCUGUACAUGCCUCAGCUCAGGCAGGAUUCUGAUCAAACUCGUGCCGCCCAAUAACGCUUUCAUUACACUGAAUUCUGACUACCUUACACCCUGAUGGAGGGAACGUCAAUGUGCGGAAAGGAUUGUGCCAAACCUAGCUUUGCAAUCAAAAUGAAUGUCUGCUGUUUGACUCAUUACCAAUGGUUUCUCCAAAUCAUGCUGCGUCACUACGUGUAAACAGUUAAAGUUGCUCGAGGAGAGCAGUGCCAGGAGGAGGCCAAAUCAGUAUUUUACAUUUAUGUAAUGCAGACAAUGCACUCGCUCUCGCCCUUUUCCGUCUAAUAACAUGAACACACCUACAACUGCUAUGUGUCAUUAUUGUUACGUGGGUCUACAAGGCAGUCCGAGGCUCGUUAUGUACUGUAUGUUGCCUUUUUUUUUUGUCACCUUCUUUUUUCUUUUCUUUUUUUAGUUUUUUUUUAACAUAUGACAUGGUGAUGUGAGUUACACAUGGCUAAUACUCGCUCUCCUUAUGUUUUCGUAGACAAUGUCACUUGCUUGCAGAGUUUGCCCCGUGUGCAAAUCAUUUCACAAGUGAAGUGUCAGUUAGAUCCGUGUACCGUCUCAAUCACAAAACUGCUUUUCAGUGUUUGUUGUUUUGUUUUUCUUUACAAAAAUGAACAAAAAAUAUGGGGAAAAAAACAGCCUCGCUUCGGUUCUUAAGGGAUAUUUGUUUGUCUUAGUUUCAAGUAACACAAACGGUCAUUCCCAUUUGCACAUGAAAUUAAUGAAGAUGUAUUUAUACAUUUAUGAUAAUUUAAUAGGGAUGCCAAAACCGACCACCGAAGCCUAGAACGUAUAAAAUGGUAUUUAACGGCAUUGAUGAGUUAAGAGCAUUUACUAUUUUCUAGUUAGCAUUCUAGUGUUGUUUGUGAAGGAUUAUUUUGUGGACUUUUAUUUUCUAUUUUGUGUCAUUUACAAUGUAUCAACGUAUAGGAUUUUUGUCAUACAAGGCUAUUGCGUGCACUCUAUGCAAUAGAAUUUGGGUAUAAAAUGCACUCUUUAUGAUUGAAAAAUGUUUGUCUGCUUAUACAAAAUCUACAGUACUUGAUUGUAUUGAUACCACAUCAAUAAAAACCUUCUUGAAA